CCCUACAAAACACCACACGCCUCACUUCACACGUCGCGACCGCAACUCAUCUCUGCGCGUUCCAGCAUGCUUUGGCGGACAAAGAAAAUACCCAAAUAGCACACACGACAUCCCUUAUACUUACUCUACACCCCUCCACCUCGGUCCUCGAAUACUCGAACCCGUGAGUCCCUAAAUCCCUCAGCUACCGCCACUACAUACUCGCUAAGAUGUCGGCGCUCUUCGCGAGUAACACUGCCUCCACAACCGCUUCUACCAAUAACACGCAAGGCGACCUCAGUAAAGAUGUGGAGGUCACUUCUCCGCCCGAGGACAGUGUGUCUGAUCUCUCCUUCUCUUCUCAAUCCGAGUAUUUGGCGGUUUCUUCCUGGGAUAGCAAGGUGCGGAUAUACGAGAUAUCAGAAACGGGACAAUCCAUCGGGAAAGCUUUAUAUGAUCAUCAGGCCCCGGUACUAUCGGUUCACUGGUCCAAGGUUGGCUAAUCUAUCUCUCCGGUUUGAGCUCCGGGCGCGCCCUCCUAUCGUUUGUACUGAUGAUGUUCAGGAUGGCACCAAAGUUGUCUCUGGUGGUGCUGACAAAGCCGCUCGCAUGUUUGACCUUCAAUCCGGCCAGGCCACACAAGUAGCAGCUCAUGAUGAACCUGUCAGCUGCGUACGGAUGUUUCAGGCCCCGAACGCCGGUGAAAUGCUUGUGACGGGCUCUUGGGACAAGACGCUCAAGUAUUGGGAUCUCCGACAACAACAGCCGGCGGCCACUGUCCAGAUUCAAGAUCGUGUGUAUACACUGGAUGUUUCUCAAGGCUUGCUUGUAACUGGGACUGCGGAACGAUAUAUCAAUGUUAUCAAUCUUGCCAAUCCUACCACAAUCUUCAAGACCAUCCAAAGUCCACUAAAGUGGCAAACUAGGGUGGUGAGUUGCUUCCCGGAUGCCUCUGGGUUUGCUGUGGGUAGCAUCGAGGGAAGAUGUGCGAUUCAAUAUGUCGAUGACAAGAAUGCAAGGUGAGUUUGAAGUAUAGUUGUGGUUUUGAUCGUGUUGCUAACCUGUUCUAUAGUAUGAACUUUUCCUUUAAAUGUCACCGUGAGACCCCCUCCACUGGUGUCGCAAAUGUUUAUAGUGUCAACGCUAUAUCCUUUCAUCCCACCUUUGGAACAUUUUCCACUGCCGGUUCGGAUGGUACAUUCCAUUUUUGGUAUGUCGCUUGCCACGCAGUUUUUUUUUUUUCAUCUUCAAAUAAUGAAGCUAAUCAAAUAUAUAGGGACAAAGACGCGAAACAUCGUCUCAAGGGAUUCCCUUCCGUCAACUGGUCUAUUCCAGCGACCGCUUUUAACAGAAACGGAUCGAUAUUUGCUUAUGCAAUCAGUUAUGAUUGGAGCAAAGGGCAUCAGGCGAACAAUCCUCAAUAUCCUAUCAAAGUCAUGCUUCACCCGAUCAAAGAAGACGAAGCUAAGCCAAGGCCUCCUGCCAAGAAGCGGUAAUCGGGAGUACUGAUGAUAGCUGGGAAGGCGGAGGAGGGAGUCUUUUGAUGAAGCUGUUCUGGAUCGCUGUUGAGGAGUUAAGGGCUUCUCAUCGGUGGCUGCCUCUUUGUUUCUUUACGCCUCCAGGGGCCAGGAGGUUCUCUGGAACGUGGGAGAGAGAAAAGUUGAACGUAGGGCACGGGUAAGGAGAUUGAAAAUCUAAUUUGCUUGUAUUGGUAGGCUCAAUGGAGUUUCGUUUUUCUUUUUUCACUGAAAAAAAAAGUUAGGUGAUAUGAUGUUAUACGCCUUUCAUUCACUCAAUUUUUUUUUCUUUGGCUUGAUAGGUAUUUCUUGCGGUUUUCAAUGCAAUACACGCAAUACAUGCCC